CGACCUUUCGAUUCCCCGAUCGCGAUCUCCGAUCUCCGGCUUGGAUUGUCCUGUUUCUCCCCGGCGAGGCUUCCUCGUAGCGAUGAAGAAAAAAAGCCUUGACGUCUUCGAUUUCAGCGAAGAGGACGAGCUCGCCGAGUCCGCUUCUGGAAAGCUGUUGGAGAAAUUCGCAAACCCUAGCCCGUCCAUUUCUCCGGUUCUCCAACGCCAACGGAUCCAAAGCUUGUGCCAAGACAAACCUGAUCAGAAAGAAGAAGUGGAGGAAGGUGCAAGUUGUGCAGAGGCUGCUACUGCUGUAGUCGAUGGUCAUUGUGAAGAUGCUCCUGCUUUAGUAACAGAAGCUGAGGAUUCUACUAGAGACCAUUUGAUCGAGUCGGAUGUAGAUCAUGUUAAUCAUGGAUUGGCGUUUGGUUUGAGUAACGAUGAUCAUGCAAAAGAAGCAGGUGUAGAUGAUGAUAAUCAUGGAUUGAUGUUUGGUUUGAACACUGAAGAACAUAUUAAAGAAACUGAAGAUCAUGGACUGGGAAGUUUCUCUUGCCAGCCAAGCGCGGAAAGUUUUUACCCCGAAGCUUCAUCUUAUAGUCAACCCCAGCUGAACUCCCCCCUUUCAGACUCUUCUUCGUCCAGUGAGGAGGAGCAAACUGAUAUGAUGUCAGCUAUUGAUGAAAGUUUGAGUGAUCGAUCCGCAUUGAGUGACGAUUCUGAUUCGGAAGGUGAUGAAGAUUGGAUGGCUGAACGUUGCUUGGAUGAUAUUGAAAAGAUCGACAGAAGCACGACUGUUAUCAUGAUUCCAGAGUAUGUUGUACUUAAGGAUAUGCCUUCUGCUGCAUCUCUGGUCAUCUUUUCCUGCAAUGAUAUCAAUCAUUCUUCAGAUCAUGUGGUUACUCUUAGAUUGGAUUGCCUAACUCGGUGGAUGAUGAUUCGAACACAACUUCUGAUCAUCAUCAGAAAGUAG